AUGCUGAUACAGGUGGAAGGGUCCGGUCCCCGAAGUGAUGGUGGUGAUGAUGAUGAUGAUGAUGAUGAUGAUGAUGAUGGUUACGAUUCUCCAUUAACAUUACAUACCCCCGAAGAUGGAUUGAUGCCGAUACAAGUGGAAGGGUUGGGUCCCAGAAGAGGUGGUGGUGGUGAUGAUGAUGAUGAUGAUGAUGAUGAUGACGAUGAUUACGAAUCUCCAUUAACAUCACAUACCCCCGAAAAUGGAUUGAUGCCGAUACAGAUGGAAGGGACUGGUCCCCAAAGUGAUGGUGGUGAUGAUGAAGAUGAUGAUGAUGAUGAUGAUGAUUACAAUACUCCAUUAACAUUACAUACCCUCGAAGAUGGAUUGAUGCCAAUACAGGUAGAAGGGUCUGGUCCCCGAAGUGGUGGUGGAGGUGAUGAUGAUGAUGAUGAUGAUAAUGAUGAUGAUGAUUACGAUUCUCCAUUAACAUUACAUACCCUCGAAGAUGGAUUAAUGCCGAUACAGGUGGAAGGGUCUGGUCCCUGA